AUGAUGGCACAAUCUCAUUCUGUCGACGCUCGCCAUAGUAAAUUCAACGAAGUCCACAGCAAUGGCUAUCAAGUCGACAAUGAGAUCCAUGGCCCUCAAACAAAUCACACAACGAUCAACCACUAUACUCAAGAUAUUCAACAUACCGCUAAAGAACGUCUGGAAUUCGCAGACUGGUUAUCUCCUCUGAAUUUUCGUCAAACACAGAACGAAGUCCGUGGGACUUGGCGAGAGGGAACGGGAGGAUGGGUGCUGGAGGAUGAGAAAUUUAAACAGUGGCUAAGAGGUGACGUGCAAAAGCUUUGGUGUCCUGGGAUUCCUGGUGCAGGGAAGACUGUUCUCGCGUCUUACAUUAUUAACCAUCUUGAGAAGUACAAAAAGGAAGAUGUGGCUGUGGUCUACGCUUAUUGCAGAUAUAAGGACCGUUCAAGACAAACUGUUUGUAACCUCAUUGCAAGCCUACUGAAACAGCUUGUACAAGAUUUCCCCCUUACUUUCGACCGUAUCAAAGAUGAAUUCAAACGUCAUCGAGAACAAGACUUCCAUCCAACUCUAUCCGAGGUUCGCGAUACAUUAAUCAAAGAAAUCAAACAGUACUCCCAGGUUUUCAUCGUUGUAGACGCUUUAGACGAAGUUUCCGAGGACGACGAUACUCGUUCAGAGAUGAUGCAUUGUCUGCAAUCUCUGGGGGGUAGCUUAUUGGUGACUUCCCGUGACAUGUCAUCUAUCAAGGAAGCCUUUCAUGAAGCUCUUCGCAUGGAUAUCCG